AUGACUUCUCGGCUUUGGUCAAAUCCAAAUGCUCGAGCGGCUAUAAAAACAUUGACAUGGUUUCCAUUGCUUUUCUUCUUUCUGGAAAAUGGGUAUUCAACUGCCACCGUCCAAGGACGUUCAAUGCAGCCCACGUUCAAUCCAGAUUCAAAUAAGCUUUCGCCAGAUAUUGUUUUAUUGAGCCAUUGGGGUGCUAUUGGACACAAGUUCCAGCGUGGGGAAGUUGUUGCCAUGACCUCACCACACGACCCAGAUCUGACAAUAACGAAGCGAAUUAUUGCCCUGGAAGGCGAUAGUGUACGACCGCUGCCACAGAGCGAUCAGAAGUCAGUUGUUUAUGUGCCAAAAGGCCAUUGUUGGGUGGAAGGAGAUGAGCGAUUUCAUUCUCGGGACAGUAAUGCUUUCGGAACAGUGCCAAUGGGUUUAAUCAACUCCAAAGUCGUAUAUAUAUUAUGGCCGCUUUCGAGAUUUGGCAAAGUGGAAGUAAAACCAAACGCGGAGCGUGUUUCGGUUGGCUCAGUAGACCCAAUGCGACUUUGA